AUGGCCAUGAAUGUUUAUGCAACACUUGUUAUGGCAUCAUUGGCCUUGACAAUUGCAAUAGGCGUCGUGAAAGUGGAGGCAACAACAACCGACCUAAUGUUUAACGCGGCUAGAUGGGGUUUGACUAGUCUAUCGAGAGUUGGGACAAAUGAUUUGAUAAAAGAAAUGAUGCAUGAUAACGAGGAAUCCAUAAUUGAUAUUGGAUCAGCAACGCGUUCAGAACCUAUUGAGAUGAAUAUUGUAAGUGGGCGUAUAAGGUACAUAAGCUAUAAGUUAAUGGCAAAGGAUAAAGUUCCAUGCCCUUUUACAGGCCAAUCCUACUAUGGUUGCGAUAGGAGGACUCGGAGUCACGUCAAUCCUUACCAUAGGCCUUGCAUUCACGUCACCAAUUGUGCUAGAUACCCUAAAUAA